AUGGAGGAAACAAAAGCUAAAGAGAUCUGUGUCAAACGGCGUGCAAGUUUCUCACGUGCAAGUGAAGAUAUGAUAAGCGAGUUACCUGAGUCUUUGAUAUCUCAGAUUCUCUCUUAUCUUCCGACAAAGGAAGCUGUUAAGACGGGUGUUUGGUCCAAUAGAUGGAAAAGUCUCUGGCUUUUGAUUCCCGGGUUGGAUUUGGACUCUUCCGAUUUCCCAUGUUACAAAUCUUUUGAGAGAUUUAUAGACAGGUUCCUAGACUUCACUAGGAAAGAGAAGUCAUGCUUGCACAAGCUCAAGCUAAGAAUUGCAAAUUAUGAGGAUACGCAGCCUUUUCUCACGCGUUGGAUAGACUUUGUGGCUACAGGUAAACUUAAGCAUCUUGAUGUUCAGUGUUUACGUGUGGAGCGUGAGUGUUUGGAAGUGAUGCCAUUAAGCCUCUAUAUAUGUGAGACUUUACUUUACUUGAGACUCCAUCGGGUUUCAAUUGGUAGUUUUGAGUGUGUUUCUUUACCUUGUGUCAAGACUAUGCGUUUGGAAAACAAUGUAUAUGUCAAUGAUGCGUGCCUGGAAUCGCUUAUCUCGUCUUGCCCUGUUCUUGAAGAUCUGAGCUUUCUUCAAAGCAGGUCACUUGAUGAUAAUGUAAAAAUUUUACGAGUGCACUCUCAGACAUUAACCAGUCUCAGUAUAGAAGUCGAUACGUGUAGGGUUCCAGGAUUUGAUUAUGAAAACUCUGGUUUAAUCAUUGAUGCCCCUAGGCUCAAGCAUUUGGACAUGAAAAAUCAUAGAUAUAAGAAUAAAACCAUAAGUAAUCCGGGUUCCUUAACCAGUGUCAACAUUCUUGGCAACUUUUGUUGGAUUGAUAGUGCUGAUGAAGUAAACUUACGAAUGCUCAGUAACUUUUUUACUAGUAUCUCAGGAUUAAGGAACAUGCAGAUCUCUUGGCAAACUUUCCAGGGUUUACGUAGCUGCCUAAUGAGUAGAAAUAUGAGACUCACGACCGCACCUCGCUGUUUGCUGUCAUCUCUCGAGUCUGUAGAGAUAAAACACAGUAAUUCAUCAGGAGAUGUUUCCGUAGAUUUCUCAGUGGAAGUAGCAAUGUACUUUGCAGAGAACUCAGUAAUCCUCAAAAAACUUGUUCUGCGUUUGGGAUAUUCUUUACGUCCAGAAAGUUCCGAGGUCCUAAGGGAUCUCAUGGCAUCGAUGAGGCGAUCUAGCACGUGUCAAAUUGUAGUUUGUUGA